UCACAUGUCUAAAAUUGGAGUAGGUGGAAUCGGGUCAAUUGAUCUUUAUAUAUUCGUUCGUCCACAGAGACAGUUCUAUACUCUUUACUCAUCUGUUUCCUGAUUUUGCGAAAUUCAUACUGAAAGUGUGAAUCUCCAAUGUCUUCUUCAUUGGCUGCACUCAGUUCUAGCCACUUCAAUGGAGCUUCUUCCGUUUGGAAAAUUCAGGGGGAACUGAAGGUUAGUAAGGUUGGGAAGUUCAGAAUAAGAGCUACAUCGAUGGCGACAUCAUCACCAGCGCAAGGCUUGCAGUUUGGGGAGGGUAAAGCUAACAAGCUGGACAAAUUGCGUAUUGGUGUGCUUGGAGCUAGUGGUUACACUGGUACUGAGAUUAUUAGACUCCUGGCAAAUCAUCCACAUUUUCAGAUUACUUUGAUGACCGCUGACAGGAAAGCUGGCCAAUCAAUAGAAUCAGUUUUUCCUCACCUGGUCACACAAGAUCUUCCGAGUCUGGUUGCUGUUAAGGAUGCAGAUUUCUCUGCUGUGGAUGCUGUUUUUUGUUGUUUGCCACAUGGUACAACUCAGGAAAUUAUCAAAAGUCUUCCCACAAAUCUAAAGAUUGUUGAUCUUUCUGCGGACUUCAGAUUGUGUGAUAUUGCUGAGUAUGAGGAAUGGUACGGCCAGCCUCACAAAGCAAUGGCUUUGCAGCAAGAAGCAGUCUACGGCUUGACUGAGAUUUCGAGGAGAGAAAUUCAAAGUGCACGUCUGGUUGCAAAUCCUGGUUGUUAUCCAACAUCUGUUCAACUUCCUCUUAUUCCCUUGAUAAAGUCCAACCUCAUUGAAGUGAGAAACAUAAUUAUCGAUUCAAAAUCUGGUGUUAGUGGAGCAGGUCGUGCUGCAAAGGAGGCAAAUUUGUUCACUGAAAUAGCCGAAGGAAUACAUUCUUAUGGUAUAACCAGACAUCGGCAUGUGCCAGAGAUCGAACAAGGAUUAUCAGAAGCUGCAAAUUCAAAGGUUACUGUUAGCUUCACUCCACAUCUUAUGCCAAUGAGCCGUGGUAUGCAAUCUACUAUAUAUGUGGAAAUGGCUCCAGGGGUGACAACUCAGGAUUUGAAAGAUCGCCUUGUUAACUACUAUGAGCAUGAAAAAUUUGUGGUGUUGCUGAAGAACAAAGAAGUUCCCUAUACUCGACAUGUUACGGGAUCAAAUUACUGCCUCAUGAAUGUAUUUCCAGACCGGAUUCCUGGGAGAGCAAUAAUAGUAUCUGUUAUUGAUAAUCUUGUUAAGGGAGCUUCUGGUCAAGCCUUGCAGAAUCUUAACGUAAUGAUGGGAAUUCCAGAGAAUUUAGGACUCAGUUCCUUGCCUUUGUUUCCUUAGGAUAUACUUGUGGUUUGAUCCUCCUGAUGUUUUAAGGUAUUUGUGAAGCCUUAUUAUUUUCCACAAGGAGAGACUGCUUCAAGAUAUUUUGUGGAAGAGUUUUGUUUGCUGAGUUUGUAAUUGCUGUAGAAGUAUUCCCGUGUAUCCUGGCUUAGUUUUCAAAUGUACCCUAUGUUUGAUUGCUAAUUUUAUGCCUCAGAAGGAAAUUAUGUGCCAUAGAUAAAGUUGAACAGGGGGUGGAUGUGCGGUCCCGGGGCUGGCAACAAACUUGAAUAAAACCAAAUAAUUGAUAGUAUAUGAAAUCUUUGGGCAAAGUUGGCUUUAUGUUU